UAUUUGUGAUGAAAAACGAUUACCAGUCCAAGCUGAUAAACAUUUGUUACUGGUUGAAAAAGCUUCAGGAAAAACUUUCAGAAUUAUGGAUUCCCUAAAUAUUCGUAAAAUAUAUAAUUUGCAACAUUCUUCUUUUAAAAACAUAAAAAGUCAAGUACAAUCUGCUUUAUCCACUAGAGUUCCAGCAGCAUUCAUCAACUAUGAUAAAUCAAACAGAUUUCAACUUACUUAAUAAACCGCUACAGGAAUCAUCAUGUGUUACGAAAAAUCAGCCACCAUCUUUGAUUGUACAAUUGCCAUCAACUUCAAUAAAUCGUGUGCAAUCUUCUGCUUUAACAGACAAGCAAUAUUCUCAACCUCCAUAUAUUAGUAAUCCAAUAGAAACCAAUGUUUUGAAUACGGAUAAACCAUAUGAAAAAGUACUUUCACAAAGUAAUAAUAAUGCAGGAUCUCAAGUACAAGUAACACUUCCAAAAACAAAACGCCGAAAAACUGUAGAUACUCCCCAAGCUUCGUGGAAACAUCCUGCCAUUUUAUGUCUUAUUCAUCACUACAAAGCAAAUAUGCAUGUAAUGAAUAGCAAUUCUAAACGCCAUGAGGAAAUAUGGCAGGAUAUAUCAGACGCUUUGGCCAAAGAAGGAUAUUAUUUUUCUCACUUGCAGUGUGAAGAUAAGUGGAAGUAUCUUAAAAAAGUAUAUAUAGAGACAGUAGACAAAAAUAAGGAGUCUGGAACUGCUGAGAAUACAUGUCCUUACUUUAAGGAAUUUCAUGAUAUUUAUAGCAAAUCACAUUCUGUCAAUCCUCCAGCACUUGCUUCUAAUCGAAUACUGAAAAAUAUUUCUGAAUGCGAAUCUUUCUCACAAUCAGAUUCAGAAGAAAAAAAUGUACCAAAGAAAAAAAGUCGAAACUCAAAGCAGCUUGAUACAUAGAUCGAUAUUUUUCGCAAGGAUGCUGAUUUCAAAGAAGAAGCACGACAAAAACGUCACGAAGAAGUGUUGGCUUUACAAAAAGAGCAAAUAAAAGCACAAAAUGAUCUCUUGACAAA